UUUCUAGACAUUUGAAUUCCAGCUCUGAGAAAUGUUGACUUCAAAGAUUUGUUGUCCCGGUUACAUUGUUUUACUAGUACAACGAAGAUAGCGCCCUUGAUCGAAACUCAAAUUCUAAAACAAAAAAAUUUGUGUAACUUAUUAAAAGCCGUCAAGUCUUCACCAGCAUGCAAAUCAUCGUGAUACAACCAGGCAGCCAGGCUGCGUUGAGCCUGGCCCAAGCACAGCAACUUGCUUGCAGUUCAUCUUCUUCAACAGGAGAAGGUUCAGAAGUUGAGUGUGAAAUGAGUGGAGAAGAUAAUUCUCGAAAGCAACCUGCAAGGAAAAGGCAGAGGCUUGAUCACAUGACUGAACAAGAAAAAUUCUUGAGAAGGAAAAUGAAAAACAGAGUCGCUGCACAAACUGCCCGAGAUAAGAAAAAAGCCAAAAUGGAUGAACUGGAAGAAAUUGUUAACAACCUUAGGGCAGAGAACAAUCACCUCAGGGCUGAAAACCAACGUCUUCUAGCUGAGAAUGCUAGAUUGAUAGGCAAUCACAAUAUUAAUGUACAAGAAGAUUUGGUUUUCCAAUCCGUAGAAAAGAUGUAUCCUGUUGAGUCAGCCGCACUCAUUAAUGGACCUCUGCCGCAGGGACAGGGUUACAUCCCAUCUAUGGUUUUGAAACUGCUUGUACACCUGAUGCUGGUUCUGCAAUCCCCUGCAGUCCACUUAAAGUCAAGCAAACUGAAAAGGUUUACCACGGCCGACAUUCACAGUCAGUACUUUUCCCCAUUCCAUCAGUUAAAAAACUGCCCAUCAAACGACCCGUGGUCGCCAACACAACAGGAUCAGAAGUACCCACCAUAGAAAUCAAGGAAGCAGAAGGAAAAAUUGAUAUUCUAAAUUGGCUUACAAAAGCUGUGCUGGAAAGUGAUGAUGUCGAGGAAAAAAACUUGUCAUUCCCAACAAAAACUGAAAUCGCUGACUUUGAUUUGCUGCAAUACGUUGAGGCUUCAGACGACGACAACAACAACUUAGAUGAAAAGAUUAUUGACAGUUUUAUGUCGUUUGAAACCCAAACUAUCGUAGACUUCUCUAGCGAACUUGCUAAAUCUUUUUCGGAAAUUAGAGAGUGUAACAAUGAUUUACUUGAAAGAGCAAUCGAAUGCCCAUCUUCGCCGUUUUGCAAGUCGGAGGAAAUCAUCGACUAUGUCGAAAACUCAAAUAGUAUUUCUGGUUCCCCCAUAUGUGAAGAUGUGCAGGAACCUGAUUGGCUUUCAACAUGGGAUUGUGUCUAACCUGAAUGCAACAUUAUGUCCGACCUUUCACACCUAAUUUAUGUACAUUUUGUUCUUCGUUUACUCGCCAUGUUUUGUCUGUUUUUUUUUUUUCAAGUGAUACAUGACUUUGUAAUUUGUCACAGUAAUAUAGAAAUACUGUUCACCUUUCA